CUGGUCUGCGCACAACACCACACAAUGUCAGAUCACGAAAGACCACGCGACCACGAUCGCAAUCGAGACAGCCAGCGCGAGCCACGAGGCGGACGCGACCGCGACAACGAGCGCAGCAACACAGGCGGCGAGCGGCGCAACCGCUCACGAAGCCCACGGCAGGAGCGCGAACGCGGCGGGCGGCGCGACGGCGGGCGCUACCGCUCACGUUCGCCGCUUCGAAGAGAUGAGCGUGACAACCAACGAGAGCGCGGCGACCGAGGGCGAGGCGACCGCAGCGACCGUGGGCGCAACAACGACCGCGGCCCUCCCACAGGACCACGUUCGGGGGCAGGACCACGCGGUCCGGCGUCCGGCGCGCCGCGAGGGCCGGCCAAAGUCAUCAAGGCCGAGGUGUCGGACACAGAGGAUGCCAAGGACGUGGUCAUGGAGGAGCAGCGAGCGCGGCCCGAGGGCAUGGACGACGAGACGUGGGAGAUGGCGCAGGUGAUGGGGUUUGCGGGAUUCAAAAGCACAAAGAAUACCAAAGUGCCUGGCAACGACAAGAACUUUGGAGUCCGAAAGGACAAGCAGAUGGAAGCAAGACAGUACAUGAACCGACAGGGAGGAUUUAACCGGCCGCUGUCGCCAAGCCACGGAUGAAAGUGCUGGAGAAGGUAUCUGGGACUGCGCCAGGUCGGGCGUGUACUAGGAUGAAUCAUGCACGAGGACGAGAUAUGCGCUGGGAGAGGUGCACUGGUACGAAUGCCACACUAGGAGAGUGCACUGGUAUGAACACCACACUGGGAGAGGUGCGCUGGUAUGAAUGCUACGCUGGGACGGAGCUGCACUGGGACAGCUAUACUCUGCUCUCACGGGAGAUGACAAGCUGAAUAUAUGAGCACGAACUACAUGUAUUGGCACAGGCGGCACUCUCCAGACAUGGCAGCACUUGGCCAUGCUAGUAGAAGUGAGCUGCAAUUGGACAUGAACUCCCCAAACAUGGCUGCAUUGUGUCAUGUGAGACGUGAGCUGCACUGUGCCAUAUCAGUAGAAGUGAGCUGCCCAGGCAAGGUUGAGGGCGAGCUGCCGGCCAA